AAUCCUCAAUGACAACAAUUUCCAUGGAUCUUUCCCAUCCGGGCUGCUUCGGCUACCCAGUUUGAACUGGCUGAAAGUAUCUAACAACUCUCUUUCUGGGGAACCCCCACGGACUCUCAGGGUCACAACUUUUCUUGGCAAACUUGACCUGGGUGGAAACGACUUCACGGGCUCCUUACCAGACUUCUCACGCUGGAAUAUCACCUGUGCAGAGAUAAAUCUCAGCGGCAACAACUUCACAGGGUCGAUUCCCGACUCCAUCUCCACCCUCACCACCCUCAUUGGCCU